GCGCUCUCGCGGGCGGCCCAAUCCCCGCUCUCCACUCUCGGCCCGCCAACCCUCUGGCCCAGUCGCGCUCCGUUUCGGCGUGACUCCGCCCCCGGUGGGCGGGCGGCGCGCGGAUAGCACAUCACGUGAUUACUAGCCCCGCCUCUUCCUCUCGGUCCCAUAUUGAACUCGAGUUGGAAGAGGCGAGUCCGGUCUCAAAAUGGAGGUAAAACCGCCGCCCGGUCGCCCCCAGCCUGACUCCGGCCGUCGCCGCCGCCGCCGGGGGGAGGAGGGUCAUGAUCCAAAGGAACCAGAGCAGCUGAGGAAGCUGUUCAUUGGUGGUCUGAGCUUUGAAACCACAGAUGAUAGCUUAAGAGAACAUUUUGAGAAAUGGGGCACACUAACAGACUGUGUGGUAAUGAGAGAUCCCCAAACAAAACGUUCCAGAGGCUUUGGUUUUGUGACCUACUCUUGUGUUGAAGAGGUGGAUGCUGCGAUGUGUGCUCGGCCACACAAGGUUGAUGGGCGUGUGGUGGAACCAAAGAGAGCUGUUUCUAGAGAGGAUUCUGUAAAGCCUGGUGCCCAUUUAACGGUGAAGAAAAUUUUUGUUGGUGGUAUUAAAGAGGAUACGGAAGAAUAUAAUCUGAGAGACUACUUUGAAAAGUAUGGCAAGAUUGAAACCAUAGAAGUUAUGGAAGACAGGCAGAGUGGGAAAAAGAGAGGAUUUGCUUUUGUAACUUUUGAUGAUCAUGACACAGUUGAUAAAAUUGUUGUUCAGAAAUACCACACUAUUAAUGGGCAUAAUUGUGAAGUGAAAAAGGCCCUUUCUAAACAAGAGAUGCAGUCUGCUGGAUCACAGAGAGGUCGUGGAGGUGGAUCUGGCAACUUUAUGGGACGUGGGGGAAACUUUGGAGGUGGUGGAGGAAACUUCGGUCGUGGAGGAAACUUUGGUGGAAGAGGAGGCUAUGGUGGUGGAGGUGGUGGCAGCAGAGGUAGUUAUGGAGGUGGUGAUGGUGGAUAUAAUGGAUUUGGAGGUGAUGGUGGCAACUAUGGUGGUGGUCCUGGUUACAGUAGUAGAGGAGGUUAUGGAGGUGGUGGACCGGGAUAUGGAAACCAAGGUGGUGGAUAUGGUGGUGGUGGAGGAGGAUAUGAUGGUUACAAUGAAGGAGGAAAUUUUGGUGGAGGUAACUAUGGUGGUGGUGGGAACUAUAAUGACUUUGGAAAUUAUAGUGGACAACAACAAUCAAAUUAUGGACCCAUGAAGGGGGGCAGUUUUGGUGGAAGAAGCUCAGGCAGUCCCUAUGGUGGUGGCUAUGGAUCUGGAGGUGGAAGUGGUGGAUAUGGUAGCAGAAGGUUUUAAAAUAAAACAGAAACGGCUACAGUUCUUAGCAGGAGAGAGAGCGAGGAGUUGUCAGGAAAGCUGCAGGUUACUUUGAGACAGU